CUGUGCUGUCUGGUCGGGACGGAGGGCUUCUAACCACAUUAAACCCGCAAAGAGGGGCGCUUUUUUUUUUUUUUUUUAAUUACCAUUUCCUGGAUUCCGUAAUCUACUUGUGGCCGUGUUCCUGGAGUGUACCUGUCCAGCAGUUUGCCACCCCCCCUCCCCGGCUGGACUUUGCUCUGUGUGUGCUUGCGUACGCUCCAGUGAACCACUGCAGCAGUUUACAGAGCACAAGCACGCCGCCGCCGCCGCUGUUGUCAGAGGAAAACAGGCUCGUCGAGUAGUCCGCUGAGCUGUGUGAUCAUUGACAGAGUUCAGUACACACCAGCUUCAAGUGAUAGCUAGGGGCAGCUUCGUGCGGCAGAGCUCUGGGGAUAUUUCUGCUCACUGGACUCCAGGUAUCGCACAGGAUUUUUACAUUUAUUUUUUUUUCUCCUGUCCAUAAAAUCUAAACCACAGUCGGGCACUUGACCAGUAAGGAGAUUUGGCACGAUUCCCACUAGCUUGUACGCAGCCCCCUCCCUACCCAGACAGUCUUCUGCCCCAGCAUGAAUGAAGUCAGUGUUGUGAGAGAGGGAUGGCUCCACAAGAGAGGUGAAUACAUCAAAACCUGGCGUCCUCGUUAUUUCAUCUUAAAGAGCGAUGGCUCCUUUAUCGGCUACAAAGAGAAGCCGGAGGUGUCCAGUGACCACAGCCUGCCGCCACUCAACAACUUCUCUGUCGCAGAAUGUCAGCUGAUGAAGACGGAGCGUCCCAAACCCAAUACGUUUGUCAUUCGGUGUCUGCAGUGGACCUCAGUUAUCGAGCGGACCUUCCACGUAGAAAGCAACGAGGAGAGAGAGGAAUGGAUGCGAUCGAUCCAGGCGGUGGCCAACAGCCUGAAGAGCCAGCAGCAGGAUGAGGAGCCCAUGGAGAUCAAAUUUGGCUCGCCGAGCGACAGCAGCGGCACAGAGGAGAUGGAGAUCGCCAUUUCCAAAUCCCGCACAAAAGUGACCAUGAGUGACUUCGACUACCUGAAGCUGCUGGGCAAAGGGACGUUUGGUAAAGUCAUCCUGGUGAAGGAAAAAGCCACGGGGAUGUAUUAUGCCAUGAAAAUCCUCCGCAAAGAAGUCAUCAUUGCUAAAGAUGAGGUGGCACACACAGUUACAGAAAGCAGAGUUCUCCAGAAUACGCGGCAUCCCUUCCUAACGACACUAAAAUAUGCAUUUCAAACACAUGACCGGCUAUGCUUCGUGAUGGAGUACGCCAACGGAGGAGAACUCUUCUUUCACUUAUCCCGAGACCGAGUCUUCACAGAAGACAGGGCUCGAUUCUAUGGUGCAGAAAUAGUGUCAGCACUGGAGUAUUUACACUCACGCAAUGUAGUUUACAGGGAUUUAAAGCUGGAGAACCUCAUGUUAGACAAAGACGGACACAUAAAGAUAACAGACUUCGGGCUGUGUAAAGAGGGGAUCACAGACGGCGCCACCAUGAAAACCUUCUGUGGAACCCCGGAGUACUUGGCACCAGAGGUGCUGGAGGACAAUGACUACGGGCGAGCGGUGGACUGGUGGGGACUGGGCGUGGUCAUGUACGAGAUGAUGUGCGGCCGGUUGCCCUUCUACAACCAGGACCACGAGCGUCUGUUCGAGCUCAUCCUCAUGGAGGAGAUCCGCUUCCCCAAGAACCUGGCCCCCGAGGCCAAGGCCCUGCUGGCAGGCCUGCUCAAAAAGGAUCCCAAACAGAGGCUGGGAGGCGGACCGGACGAUGCCAAAGAAGUGAUGAGCCACAAGUUCUUCACCUCCAUCAACUGGCAGGAUGUCACUGACAAAAAGCUCAUUCCACCCUUCAAGCCCCAGGUGACUUCAGAGACGGACACUCGCUACUUUGAUGACGAGUUCACAGCACAAAGUAUUACAAUAACUCCACCAGACAAAUAUGACAGUUUAGACGCUGAGGAUUCGGACCAGCGUACACACUUCCCUCAGUUUUCCUACUCUGCAAGCAUACGGGAAUGAUCCUUCAGACUCUUGAACAAGCAGGCAGGCUGACACAUGAUCACAAUCACACAUACACACUCACACUGCUGGGGGAAUCCGAGUGACACAAAACAGACAAAACAACAAAAAAAA